UGCCGGCGGACUUGAAGUCCGAGCCUCGGGAGUCCGAGCCCGAUCCGUAUCCGCCGUCCAAGUCUCUGCCGGAGCCCCGCAGAUAGCGGGGCCGCCCCCUGCCCGGCCGCCAGGAUGCUGGAGGAGGCGGGCGAGGUGCUGGAGAACAUGCUGAAGGCCUCGUGCCUGCCCCUCAGCUUCAUCGUCUUCUUGCCAGCCGUGCUACUGCUCGUGGCGCCGCCGCUGCCCGCCGCCGACGCGGCGCACGAGUUCACCGUCUACCGCAUGCAGCAGUACGACCUGCAGGGCCAGGCUUACGGCACCCGGAAUGCCGUACUCAACACAGAGGCGAGGACGGUCGAGGCGGAUGUGCUGAGUCGCCGCUGCGUCAUGAUGCGGCUGGUGGAUUUCUCCUAUGAGCAGUACCAGAAGGCUCUCCGCCAGUCUGCUGGGGCUGUGGUCAUCAUCCUGCCUCGGGCCAUGGCCGCCGUGCCCCAGGAUGUCAUCCGACAAUUCAUGGAGAUUGAGCCUGAGAUGCUGGCCAUGGAGACCAUCGUCCCUGUCUACUUUGCGGUGGAGGAUGACGCCUUGCUUUCCAUCUACGAGCAGACCCAGGUGGCCUCAGCCUCCCAGGGCUCCGCGUCUGCGGCCGAAGUUCUUCUGCACACAGCCACGGCCAAUGGCUUUCAGAUGGUGACUAGCGGAGCCCAGAGCAAAGCUGUGAGCGACUGGCUCAUCACCAGCGUGGAGGGCCGGCUGACGGGCCUGGGCGGAGAGGACCUUCCCACCAUCGUCAUUGUGGCGCACUAUGAUUCCUUCGGCGUGGCCCCCUGGCUUUCUCAUGGAGCGGACUCCAAUGGUAGUGGGAUCUCGGUGCUCCUGGAGCUGGCCCGACUCUUCUCCAGGCUAUACACCUACAAACGCACCCAUGCAGGGUACAACUUGCUGUUUUUUGCCUCUGGCGGGGGUAAAUUUAACUAUCAGGGCACGAAGAGGUGGUUAGAAGACAACCUGGAUCACACAGAUUCCAGCCUGCUCCAGGACAACGUGGCCUUUGUCCUGUGCCUCGACACCCUGGGCCGGGGAAACGGCCUGCAUCUGCACGUAUCGAAGCCUCCCAAGGAGGGGACCCUGCAGUAUGCUUUCCUCCGAGAGCUCGAGAUGGUGGCUGCCAGUCAGUUCCCAGAGGUGAGGUUUUCAAUGGUGCACAAGAAAAUCAACCUGGCCGAGGACAUGCUGGCCUGGGAGCACGAGCGCUUUGCCAUUCGCCGGCUCCCGGCAUUCACAGUCUCCCACCUGGAGAGCCAUCGAGAUGGGCUGCGAAACAGCAUCAUGGACGUCCGGUCCCGGGUAGACUCCAAGACCCUGACCCGCAACACCAGGAUCAUUGCAGAGGCCCUGACCCGAGUCAUCUACAACCUGACCAAGAAGGGCACCCCGGCCGACCUUCAGAUCUUCACGGAGCAGAUGCAGAUCCAGCAGGAGCAGAUUGACUCCGUGAUGGACUGGCUCACCAACCAGCCCCGGGCCGCCCAGCUCGUGGACAAAGACAGCACCUUCCUCAACACCCUGGAAUACUACCUGAGCCGCUACCUGAAGGACGUCAGGCAGCACCACGUGAAAGCAGACAAACGGGACCCUGAAUUUGUCUUCUAUGACCAGCUGAAGCAGGUGAUGAAUGCCUACAGGGUCAAGCCCGCCAUCUUUGAUCUGCUCCUGGCCCUCUGCAUAGGCGCCUACUUGGGGGUGGCCUACUUUGCAGUCCAGCACUUCGGCCUCCUCUACAAGACAGUCCAGAGGCUCUCUCUGAAGAUGAAGCAGCAGUGACCUGCCCCUCCGCUCCCCUCGUCCAGCAGCACUGAGCCAGGCACCCCGGAGGGAGCCGCCGGAGCCUCCGUUCAGCCCAGCCCCGUCUCUGCCCGCGUGUCCCCUGCCCAGCCCCCUGCCCGCGGCUCACGCUGUCGGUGCACCCCUGAGUUAGAGAGAACCCCAAAGGCCGGACUCUUGGUGGGGCUCGGCUGCCCCUGGCCGGGGAGAAGGCUGCUGAGGACUCGGGGUGAGGGCAGGGGGCGGCCUGGAGGCCCCGGACCCAGCCACACGGGGGAGGGCCCUGCCCCCUGGAGACUCCCCUGCCUGGGCUUCUGCAGCGGGCGGGGGGGGGCUUGGCUCAUCCUCUCUGCAGGGUGCUGGUUCCGGUCUGGCCACUGCCCCCUCCUCCUCUACACCUCCUCUGAAGGGGCAUCGGACCGCUGACCACUCGGGGACCUUCAGCUCCGGCUCCCUCCUCUGGGACUCACACGGGGGGCUUCCCUGGCAGAGGGAAGGCGGACCCAGAAAAUGGGGUGUCUGCUUUCAAGUAACCAAACCCUGGUGGGAGGCUUUGGGCCUCUCCUGUCAGUGGUGGGGCCGGCUGUGACAGCUGUCUGGGAAGGAAAUGGGGUGCUCUGGGAGGUAGUGAGUUGCCCGUUGCUGGGUGCCCACCCGGGGAGGCUCUGGAAGGAAUUCAUUUGUGCUGGGGUAGGGGUGCCAGAAUGAUUCCCCCCAAGUCCCCUCUCUUCCCCUGGGGGCUCCUGUUUGUACCUGUCUGUCCCAAUUGGACCCCUGUUUGGGGAGAAGUUUGGGGCUGCGGCUUGUCCCUCGAAGGCUCUGCCCCAUCUGUGUCAGACUUGUCCUCCUGGUACGGCCGUGUCUGCACCCCCCUGUGCCCACCUCCAUGUCCCCUUCUCUGGGGGCCGAGCGAAAUAGCGGGGAAGGAGGAGACUGUGGGCUUCGGGGCACCUCGGCACCCCAGAUUGUAACGGGAGGCCAGAGGAGGGGCAGCCUUGGUCCCAGCCAUCUGGGAAAGCUUCCUGCGAGGGGAAGGCCCUCCCUGCCCCCGCACCCCCACGCUCAGGCCAGAAGCCGGUUUCAGUGACCCCAAAGGGUCCAGCACAAGGUUUGAUAGCAGACGCUUGUGGGGGACGAGAGUUUCCAUCUGGCCUUCUUGCCCUUCGGCCUCCCCCACCACCGCCAUCCUGAAGGUGCCUCUCCCCGUCGGGAAGGACCGUCUUGGCUUCCCCGUCCUCGGCAUCCCCCUGCCUGGCCUCGGGCUGUCUUGGGCUGCGGGGAGAGCCUAGAUGGAGCCGGCUGUCCCCACGAAGGAGUCCCCUCUGCACCCCAGACUGAGUUCUUCUCUGAUGAAUGCACAAUCUCUGAGGUCCCCCCCGGCUCCGGCGGGCCAUGUUCUUGGCUCUGAUGGGGGGUUUCUGAGAGGGGAUUGGGGGGACCCCCGUGUCUCCUGCCACACUCCUGGACCCCUCCUUGAACCCCUUCACACAGGUUCCCCGGGGGCACACCUGGCCCUCCCUCCCCGGGGGUGCACUCAGCCACGUCUUCCUGGGCCUCUCCGGACACAGGCCGGACACGCUCCCUCUUUUUUAAUUGUCGUAAGUGAGCACUGAUGUGUGGGCCGAGGAGUCUGCCUGCGCUCGGGCCGUGAGGUGGGCAGAGCCAUUCAUUCAGGGUCCCUGCAAACUGGGAAGAAAUUACUUGGAAAAAUAAAGCCAUAUUGAAAGAUC